CCCCAGCCCUCCAAGCGCGCCCCCGCCCCCGCGCCGGCCCCGUCCAAGCGCCUCCUGAAGCGCGCCGACGCCGCAGAGGUCGCCUUCGACGCCGUCUCGCGCGCGCUGUGCCCCGCCGCGCUGUCCGUGUGCCCCGUCGUCGCCUCGACCGGCGCCGAGGCCGGCGAGCUGCAGGAGCUGCUGAAGCACGGCUUUGAGUGCGUGGACUUCCGCUCGGACCUCGAGAGCUGCGGUGGGUGCGGGAUCGUGGACGACGCGCAUAACUGCAUGGCGAUCCCGUACGCGUCGGCGGUUUCGUGCGUCGUUGGACGCUGCGAGGUCAACAACUGCGAGGUCGGAUACAAGGUCGGCGCGGACGGUGCCUCCUGCGUCCGUGCCUAG